GGUUCGCACAAACUCUGUAUCCACAACAGGCAGAAGAGCGAGUGCCGGGAGUGCGGGGGCUCGCAGAUCUGUCCGCACAACAGGAGGAAACGGCAGUGUAAGGACUGCGUGGGGUCUCAGAUCUGUCAGCACAUGAGGAGGAAGAGCAGGUGCAGAGACUGCAACGGAUCUCAAAUAUGCCAACAUCAGCGGAUUCGGAGCACCUGCAAGGAGUGUCGGGGGUCUCAAAUUUGCCCGCACAACCGCAUCAGGAGCCAGUGCAGGGACUGCGGAGGGUCACAGAUAUGUCCGCACGAUCGUCGUCGGCGACAGUGCAAGGAGUGCGGAGGAUCUCAAAUUUGUCAGCACAACAAGAGGAGGAGCAGGUGUGUGGAGUGUGGGGGG